AUGAGUCUUGUUCCUUGUCGAGGCGGUGGCAGACUACAAACUUUUGUACUUACAAGAGAUACUAACUCACUUGUCAGUUAUCUUAACAACGGCUUUUAUGUAAACACAGUCAAUCGAUAUAGUGAAACUGCUUUGUUCAUAGCAUCAUAUUACGGGGACAUAGAUAUGGUCGAUUUAUUGCUCUCUAGAGAUGCUGAUCCAAAUUUACCGACAACUGAAGGAAAUACUCCCUUGCAUUCAGCUGCUUGUCAAGGACAUACUGAAGUGAUGCAAAAGCUUAUUGCUGCUGGAGCUGAUGAAAACCUCAAAAACAAUCAAGGCCUAACUGCAUCAGAUUUGCUUAAUCUUAAUCAUUCCGAGGAAAAGAGUGAAACAAACAAGUGUAAUUCAAAGAAGAGAUCAGAAAUAAGGAAAGCCAACCGUGAUUCCUUUCGAAAGCAUCCAAUUAAAUCUUCAAAAACUGAAACUAAAUGUCUUACUUCAUUUUGUCCAUUUACCUUUGAUCAUUCACAUAGACCAAGAGAGUUUAUUUCAAGCAUACCCAUUCGUAAAAAGUCAGAAAUUGAAGGAGAUAUGUAUGAAAGCCCUCAUUACUCCCACAAAGAAGAUUUUAUCCUCAGAGAUCGUAAACGUUGGCAUGGUAGCAUACCUGUACUUACGCAUCAACUUAACCCUAUUAUUGUUCAAUUUUUGGGAGGAAGUUUAAAUUCAAAAAUUAAAGAUAUUCUACACAAUUUAUUAAUUCGUGAAUUAGAAGUAUGCAGGCGUAUUCAUCAUCCAAAUAUCAUGAGUUUACUGGCUAUCAUUUACGAUGAUGCUAUUCAAACUGAAUCACAUGAUCAACUGAUCAAUCCCAGUAGUUUAGUACUGACGUAUGAGCUGCCUUCACUUGGUAAUUUGCAAGAAUAUAUACAAGUAAAACAGAAUAAAUUGUCUACCCUAUCAGUACUCAUUAUAUCUUAUCAAAUAUCUGAAGCUCUAGUGUUUCUACAUUCCUCUGGUAUUGUUCAUUGUGGGAUUACUCCGUAUGCUGUACACUUAUAUGCAGUAGAUAAAGCGAAAUUGGGGAAUUUCGAAUACGCUCAAUAUAUUGAAAACUAUGAAAAUAAUUCAAUCGAAGAUCAUUACUAUUCAGAUGAUUCAAGUGUCAAUAAAACCAAGUUGAAUUCUACUUCAAAAGUCCCUCAUCUUACAUCAGUAUUCAAUUUAAUUCUUGGUGUAUAUUACCUCCCAGCAAAUUGUUUAACUGAUUGGUUACCGCCAGAAUUAUAUGACUCUACAAAAGCGAUAUUUAAAUUUCCCAACUGUUUAAUGGCACUUCAAACUAUUACAAUUGAUGAAUUAAAACAAACAAUUAAACCGUGUACAGCUAGUGAUGUAUUCAGUUUUGGUAAAGUGAUUCAGUUUAUUUUAAUGCAAUCACAAAAGAAACAACAUGAAAUAUUUACUGAAUGUUAUUAUAGUAAUCCUGGUAAUCUAUCAACUUUAGUAUCUUCAGCUAUUAAGCGGAAUCCAGAUGAACGUCUGCAGAUGACACAGUUCAAUCGAUUACUGAUACAUUUAUUUUGGAUAGAAUAUGAUCAAGAAAAGUCGCCAAAGCCAAAACCAGCUUUAUAUAACAGUAUGCCACCAUGCCCAUUAAGAUUAUGCGAUCAUCAAUGCAGACCAAGAUAUUUUGAUCCCGUUCCACUUGUAUAUGCUAAAAAUUCAACUGGGAGUAAAUCUCGUCUAAGAACUAUUUCCCCUAUCGACUAUCAGGAAUUGUCAGCUGCAUCAACUGCGAGUAGAGAAGAGUCGAAAAAGCCAGUGUUGAAGCUGUUCAGACGUAGUGAACUCCUGAAUUCUAGUAGUCAUCGAUCGUUUUCUCAAUUCAGAGAAGGUGAAACAUCUUCAAAAGUCAGAAAAUAA